AUGUCUAGCACAUCAGCACCUGCCCUCUUUGCCAACACCAUCCUAGUGCCAUGGGAGGCGGGUCAAGUUCCUACACGACAGGCCAUCGGAGCCAUGGACCAGCUGCGCAAGAAGCGCCCCCAUCAAAAAAGUCGGCGAGGGUGCGUCGCAUGCAAGCGCCGAAGGGUUAAGGUACGUCACUACCUAACAAUCCAGUGUGAUGAGGGUCUCCCAUGCUCCAGCUGCGUGAAGCGCAACAUCCAAUGUCUACUGCCAUCCCAUCAACAUGUCAUUACUCCGGGUCUCUCCACGCCCAGUGCGCAUUUUAAAAUGGACUUGAAUCCUCAGAUCAGCCUAUUACAUCUCCAGUUAUUCCAUCACUGGGAUAAGGAAACCCGAUCAACGGUCAUAUUUCCAGAAAUCUGGCCCGUCGUGAUGCAAAGGGCGUUUGAUGAAGACUUUAUUAUGUCUGCCAUCUUAAGCGUCGCCGCCAUGCAUCUCACCACCCUCUGUCCGGAGAGCACCAAAUAUUCGCACGCAUCAGCUCAGCUAAUGACCAAGACAAUUCAACUGUUCCGCAAAAGCCUAUCGCGUCCCCUCACAAAAGAAAACUGCGAGUCCCUAAUGGGGACGGCACUUCUCAUCAACUAUAUGUCGUGGUUCGACCUCGGUUUCCUCGAUGACGGGAGAACCGCAACCAAGCUAGAUCUUGCCGAGGACCAGCUAUUUCUUCUCACCCCAGGUAUCCUCCAGGUGUGGCUUCAAGCUAUGCCCAUCUUCAUCAAUGAGGGAAGCGUCUUUACUCAGAUCAUUUAUCAAAACCCGAGGCUCAUCAUCGAGGAAUCUCUGGCCACAAGAGGUGAAGACCCAGCACGCUUCGUAGAGCCGUUCAUGAGGAUGUGGGAUGACCCACGCUAUCAUACCUCUACUGAGAUGACUGCCUGUGGGCCGACAUCCUAUGCAUGGCGUCUUCUUCGAGGAAUGGAGACGGAGCUGUCAUGUCGUCGUUUCUUGCCGAGCACAGCAGUGCUAAUAUCCGAAGGACAUGACGAAAAGAAGAAACUAGUGCAUUUUAGAGACGCAGUCAUAAAAAUAACCACCAAAUAUACCUCAGUCGGCCAGCCGGAUACAUCAGACACACCAUCAUCACAGUCAGCCCGCUCAUCGUUCGAAAACAUCAUAAGGCGCAUGUCUCCUCUUUUGUGCUGUGCAUUCCUCAAAUCGAUAUCAGGCACGGAAGUGCACCCCAGUAUCAAGCUGUGCGGAACAGAUAUUGAGCAGCUAUUCUAUGGAUUCCCGAUUGUCUGCUGCGGACCCUUUGCCAGGUUGAUUAUGAAGGGAGACUCGCGGGCUCUUGUCUUCCUCUUUCACUUUUAUCGUGCUGUACGUAUAUUAUUGGCACCGGAACGAUGUUGGUGGGCUAUUGCGAGGAGCCGCGUUAUGGAGAAACUCAUAUUAAAGGAACUGGAGUCCCGGGAACUUGAUGUGAGUCUGUAA